AUGCAAUCCCUGUCUCCGGCACAAACUCGAGUACAGCAACGAAAGGUGUUCAUACCCACUGAACUCGUAACCUGUUCGCACGUAUUCAUUCGAAUUGAUGCGGUGCGUAAACCGUUACAACAGCCAUACGAAGGACCUUUCCAAUUUAUUUCGCGUCAAGAACAGUUCUUCAAGGUUGAUCGACAUGGUCGUGUCGAUACGAUUAACAUUGAACGGAUCAAGGCAGCACAUGUCGACGAUGGCAUAGUGUACGCCAGUUUGAGACCCGACUUUAUUCCUGCACGGCCGACGAUUGAGGCACCUACCUCAGAGCUCGCAGAUAGCAGUACCCUAGAUCAGGUCAGAUUAGGUGGCACAGGACAAUAA